AUGGCAUCCUCCAGCAAUGUCCUGUCUAAAGAGCAGGUCCUGUGCUCCAUCUGUCUGGAUGUGUUCACUGAGCCGGUCUCUAUUCAUUGUGGACACAACUUCUGCAUGGCCUGUAUCAGGAAGUAUUGGGAUAGCAAUGACCUGUGCCAGUGCCCCAUGUGUACAAAUACAUUUGAUAAAAGACCAGUUCUCUUUGUAAAUGCUUUAAUUUCUGAGAUGGCUGCUCAGUUCAGGAAGUCAGUUAAAAGGAAAGCUACCAGCAGCCCAGACCAAUACCCUGCAAAACCUGGAGAAGUGUCCUGUGAUGUCUGCACUGAGACGAAGCUCAAGGCACUGAAGUCCUGCCUGGUGUGUCUGACCUCUUACUGUGAGACUCACCUGGAGCCUCAUCAGAGAGUCUUGGCCUUAAGGAGACACAAGCUGAUCAACCCUGUUGAUAACCUGGAAGACAGAAUAUGCAAGACACACGAGAGACUCCUGGAGUUGUUCUGUAGGAAUGACCAGAUGUGUGUUUGUGUCUUGUGCAUAAAAACAGACCACGAGACUCACCAUACUGUCCCUCUAGAGGAAGAGUUUGGAGAGAGGAAGGGUACAUUAGAAAAAACACACGCAAAAGUGCAACAGCAAAUCCAGGAGAAACUAGAGAAGGUUCAGGAGAUUAAACACUCAGUAGAUCUCAGCAAGAGAAACUCAGAGAGAAAGAUCAAAGACAGCGCUCAGGUCUUCACUGCUCUGAUGCGCUCCAUUGAAAAGAACCAGGCUGAUCUCAUUGAGGUGAUUGAGGAGAAGCAGGAAGCAGCAGAGAGGCAGGCUGAAGAACUCAUUAAAGAGCUGGAGCAGGAAAGCACUGAGCUAAAGAGGAGAAGCACUGACCUGGAGCAGCUCUCACACACUGAGGACCACCUCCAUCUAGUCCAGAGCUUUCCAUCCUUAUGCACCCCUCUGCCCACCAAGGACUGGUCUGAGAUCAGUGUUCACAGUGAUCUCUGUGUGAUGAGUUUGAAGAGAGACAGUGAUCUGUGUGUGGGGAUUGUGAGGAGAGCCGUGUCUCAGCUAGAAGAGACAGUCAUGAGUGAGAUGAAGAGGUUGUUUGAUGAUGAGCUGAAGAGGAUUCAGCAGUAUGCAGUGGAUGUGACUCUGGACCCUGAUACAGCAAGCCCCUGGCUCAUUCUGUCUAAGAAUGGGAAAGAAGUGAGAACUGGAGAAAAAAAACAGAAGCUCCCUGAUAACCCAAAGAGGUUUGAUUCUGCCGUUAAUGUCUUGGGAAAGAAAGGCUUCUCCUCAGGGAGAUUCUACUAUGAGGUCACUGUUACAGGGAAGACUGAGUGGAAUUUAGGAGUGGCCAGAGAGUCUAUCAACAGAAAGGGGACUGUCGCAUUAAGCCCUGAUAAUGGACGCUGGGCAGUGAUCCUGAGGGAUGGGAGUAAGUACACAGCUUGUGCCGCGACCCGUGUCCACCUCUGCAUGAGAGAGAAGCCCCAGAAGGUGGGGGUGUUUGUGGAUUAUGAGGAGGGUCAGGUCUCAUUCUAUGAUGUGGAGGCCAGGUCUCAUAUCUACUCUUUCACUGGCUACAUCUUCACUGAGAAACUCUAUCCAUACUUCAGCCCUUUGCUCAAUGAUGGUGGUAAAAACUCUACUCCUCUAAUCAUCUCUCCUGUCAAUCACACAGACUGAGUUUGAACCUGAAAUGAACUGACCUGUAAAAUGAAUAACUCAAUUAGAGUUCACUCUUUCAUCAAACACUAGGAAGAAUAUUUCACUGUAGUUUAUUAACGGAUGUUUGUUAUUAUUAUUUGACUUCUAAACGAACAAUCCUUUAUCUGAUCUUAACGGAGCACUGGGCCGGCCACUCUUCAAUAUCACCUGGGCCAGCACAGGUGAAACACCUUCCUACUAAUGAGAUGACAAACCAGCACAGGUGUAACACAUACUGAGUAACGAGGGGACGCCAAUCAGUGCGCCCCACGUGCUAACGUUCAAACUCUAAAUAUAAAUGGAAAAACCAAAGCCUAUAAAUAACAUUGUCAGUCUGUUAGACAUGAUGAGUGCAGAAGCAAUGUAACAUAGUCUACCUGUAUUACCAAUAUCUCCGAGGCUCACAACAAGGUAUGACUUCAUGUCUGGAAGAGAGAAUUCAGAGGUUGUUCUGAUUAUUGUCCCGCAUGAUGAAAUCGGGGAGUAGACGUUGGCUCUGUCUCUGUCCGAUAGCAAGUUUGUAUGUUUGUCACACGCAAUAUCUCAGACUGGAUGGCCUGUUUUUGAUGAAACUUGGUUGUAUGAUGUGUCUUGCUGUAGAGAUCUGGCAUUUUCUAAAUGACACAGACUGGCCAGGUGGAGGCACUAUAACAAGCAAUUGAAAAUGCACAUUUUGAAAGGUCACGCCCCUCAACCAGUUUGUCCAAAAAUCAUGAAAUUCAGUACAUUGGUCCUCCUUCACAAGGAACAAAUUUGCAGCAGGGAUCCAUAAGGUCCACCAUGAUGGAUAUUAUGCCAUUUAGAAUUUUGUGAAAAACACUUAAAACGCUACUCCUCUGGCACUGAAUGACCGAUCUGCAAGAAACUUGAUAUGCGCCACGUAUGUACACACGUCUCUCAACGCAACAUAUUCCAGACUAGUAUCUAAAAACAACAUGGCCGUAAUGGCCAAUAAACUUUCAUGUGGUCCGAAACAUAAAUCAGUCACAGAUAGUUGUAUUGUAACAAAUUUGGUGCACAUGUUGAAAAUACUGUCAACAAGACCCAACAUAUGCAAGAACAUUCAUAUCGACCACAAGGUGGCACUAUAACUGGCACAUGUUUUGUUAAUAUCAGCAUAGUCUAGUUUGAAUUUGCCGGGGGAAGGGGAGGUAUCAUUUAGGAGGACGAAAUGUUUAAUGUUGCAUUGUUUUAAUUCUGAUAAUAUCAGCACUAUAUGUUUGUUUUACUUAGAUAUAUACAAUGCAUAUACUCUGUUGAUCCGCAAUAGCUUUAAUGGACACUGAGUAACAUUCAGGAUGUCUGGAUAAUUAAGUUCAGUUGAAUAGUGAUAUAAUUGGUAUUCAGUAUAGCACAGCACCAGAGCUUUAGAAUAGUGGUGGGUAUUUAUGACAUCAGCCUUAUUCUAUGAAAUAUGAUUGAAUUGGAUGUCAUUUUUUUUAUAUGGGGGUGUUUGUAAACGUCUGUAAACGUCUGUUUCUAUGGUUUUGAAGACUCAUUGUCACGGCAUUUCAACAUCACCUUGUCGAAAUAAAACUAAAGUAUACAGUG